AGCUGCGAUGUGCCCGGAACUUCACAACAAUGUGCGCCACGGGUUUGCCUCGAGUGGCCGCUGUGCUGGCGUUGGACGCUGCGGACGAAAACAUCGAGGCCGUCUGCACGCCACGCACUGAGCUGCAUACGAUGUACAACAGCGCCAUCCGGUGCCUGAACAAGGUGGGCGUCAAGAUGAACGGUUGCAUCCGCGAUUUGGUCAUCGACCUGAACACGGCAGUCGCAAGAGCGCCAAUUGAAAGCCAGGUGGCCUACGGUUGCUGUUACUACUACGACCUGCUGGGAUGCUACAACGACGCGCUGACCGAGUGCACAGGCACGGAUGCGAACAGGCUUGUCGCCACCCUGGCCGAGAACGUGUUCGGCCAGACCCUGGGCCUCGUCUGCGGCGUCUACACGAAAGGGUCGCCAGCGUGCCUGACGCUUGAGCCACUGAAGAGGCUCGACCUGUCCGAACUGGACACGGAGAACUUCAUCGUGCCGCUGGUCACCAUCGCCGGCACACUGAGACACUCCAAGGUUGUGCGCAGGCACCUAUGACACGGUGGAAGCGACCGAUACUCAUGGCUGCGUGUACACCAGCAAGCAGCAACGGUUGGGGACUCAACGAGAGAUGCGAAGAACCACUGAAUGAAGGACGCCGACAGUCAUUGCAACCAAGAAAUGAGCAUGAGAACUGUAGCUAAUGCCGGCCACAUUGAAGCAAGAGCGAUAAAUUAGUCGUAACCGAACGGAACGUUUUCAAAAAAGCAAUCUAUGCUCAGAUUUUACCCUUGUUCCAGCUGUUUCCUAACUUUUGAAGGCUAAAAUAGCUAUCCUGUUGUGAAGGUAUGGGGAAGUUCAUAUGUAUCGAGGGUGCGUCGAGCAGCAGGCAUGUGUUUAUAUUGACCGUUCUGGUAAACCUUCUGGUAUUGUUCAUCCAUAGCAAGCAGGACAGAAAUCAAUAAAGAAAAAAGAAGUGCAUGAGGUUCACGUGAACCGUGUAGAGUUGACUCACCCUGUUCGACCAGUUUGAGAGGCGUUCACAAUUCCGGAUCGUCACUCUUACCCAGAAAUUUUUUUUCGAGUAAAGUAUCGUGUGCAUGAAACCAGGGAUGUUUCGCGAAAAAAAUGCCAAUUUGUGCAAGUGACGUCAUAUGCUUCAGUGUAGCACGUCACAGAAAACAAAGAUCACUUGUCAAGGUCCAGUAGCAAACCCCUCUUCAUUGAUAAAUAAUCACCCCCAAUUCACACGAAAAAUGCUGUCUGCGAAAGCCUUUCGUCAGUGACCAUUCCAUAAGCUAGUGUUCCCAUCGUUAUCAUGAGUGACCGGUGUUCUUUCAUGUCAGCUGCUUUUUAUCAGAAAUAGCAAGGGAUACUUAAGUUGGUGAACGUUCAUAUUUGGCAAGAACAGCGCUAAGAAAGGCGAGGACUAAGAAAGGCAGGUUCAACGCUCUUAUUUGAAUCGAUGUGUUCCUUAUUACUCGUCAUUCUUUGCGCUGCUUUUGUCAAGUAAGAGCAGCUUUUUAAAUCGACCGAGAUUGAAACGAUUUUGUUAUUCCCUCUGUCAGGGAAAUUGGAUGCAACACUGACAUUAAAGUGCAUCGUACGAAGCAGUGGCGCAGUUGAUGUUCAUUCAGUCGACAUAAGGGGAAACGCGCUGCCCCUGACAUGGAUUCGAAUCCUAGUAUUUGUGGAUACAUCCGGGACCACGACGACGACGACGAUGAUGAUGAUGAUGAUGUCUUAUUCAAUCGCACAAACCCACCGUGGGGUCACGGACCGGGUCACCACCAUAGUACCGGUCUUCUGCCUUUUCAGCUUCCUUCUUUCGUCGCGAUGUCUCUGCUCUUGGUCUCUGCGCGCACAGAAUGCGAGCACUAGUUCACUCAAAUUUAAGCCGGGAAAAACUUGGUGUUUAAGCGUUAGGAACUGCGCUCUUUGGACGUCAAAUAUGAGUGACGUGCGCCAACUUCGCAUGAAGAACUACUAUGUGAAGGCAAUAGAGUUCUGUCUGAAUGAGAGUGAGAGAGAGGGGCUCGAUCUUCACAAAAAAGUGCAGAAUUUAGCUUCGCGGUACGCCGAGUGGGCUACUUCAGGUGGAUGCCAUGAUGAAUGAAAUGAUACGCAAAUGAGAUAAUGCAUAUGAUGGACACAUAACAGACGGGAAACACACCACACGUAACAUACAGAAGUACGAAAAAAUCGGUGAGACCAGCGUAUCGCAAAAAAUGUUAGGAGCACAUUCGCAGCAUGGGACGCUGCGGCGGCAUUCGUCCAUGGUCCAAGUGCAUGUUGUAGCCCAAGGUGCGAACACUCGCAUACAAAAAUAAUUUGGUCAUUAUGAAGGUCCUUUGAAGUGUAGAGGUUCCAAUUGCACAUUAAGUGUGCUAUAUCCUCUCGUACAUUGCACGAAGGGCAAAGCAGCGAGCCUAUCAUCAAAAUUUUGUACUACUAUUUCGUAUAGGGAACGUUCAGACGAAUACAAUACAGACGUGCACAAUCACACCUGUCAAGCCCACACGGCAUGCCAAAAUCACACGUACGGUCGUGAGUGGAAAUGGGUGUUAGUACCGCUGUGGGUCUGUCCGAUAGCACGCUGUAAGACCCACGCAUCAGAAGACACUGUAGCCGUACCGUCACUCCUAUAAAAAAGAAUCGUGAUAUAUCUGAAUGUGUAAUGCUCACAUACGAUCCCUGGGAGAGAAACUUGAAUGCUCAAUUCGAUCAAGUGAAUGCGCAAUUCGAUCAAGAGCAAUAUUGCUUGUCAUCUCAAAAAAAAAAAAAAAAACUUCGUGCCUUUCACCUAUGUAAAUACCGGCUAACUGCAAAGCACACAUGCAUUAUUAGAGAUCGUGCCGAGUGUGUACAGGCGAUCGAUUUCUUUACAAUCUGAAGAGGUCUACUAUUUUUCCUCACAGGUGGCAGAAACAUACAGCCACAAUAAAUGAAAAAAAAACACACGAAAGACAUUGUUUGGCAUAGUAAUAGAACUGUCUUCGAUGUAUUGUUUUUAUUUAAAAAAAUGACGUUACGUUUACGUUGGCUCACCAAGAGUAACUAGAGGUCCGAUUGGACGGUGCAUGAAUGCAAGUGUGUUGUCCUCUUCCCGUUAAGCUGCUUGGUCUUGGCCCAAUACUUCCGACUCUCAGCUUUCGCCCUCCGGUUUGCUUCUUCCUUUCGAAACUGGUGGCUGAAAUGCUUUCAUGAACUACGUUACAUGUUUCAUACUGUCUCUGGGGCCUUGUAUAUAACAGGUUUGUGUUGAAAAAGUGUUUUCUUAGAAAUGCACACCCUGCAAUUAAAUAGUACCGUCGUUGUUGCCA